AUGGUUGUGGCAUGUGGCAAAAUUGUGGUCACGGCUCCCAUUGAGGAUGUACCAAUUGGUAGUACGUUGAAUGUGACAUGGAAAACUUCGCCAAUUCCCAAAGGCAUAGAAACCGACGAUAGAAUUGGUGUCCGUAUCAGAUGCGGCAAGAGACAGAUUCCGCCAAAAGCUAUUGUUAGCGAGCCUUUUAAGGUCGGAAUAAAGCAGGUCGAUCUCCCUGAUGACGACGACCUUGUUGGCGUUACAUGCAUAGCAAACGUCUCCAAUGAAUCCGAUACUUCUAUAGGAGAUUCGCCCCCUUUCAAGUUAACAAAAGAAGCUCACUAG